AUGGAAGAAGCAGGAACACCUUCUUCUACACUCACGACCGCGAAAGUACCAUCGGCAGCCUUGGAUGAUUGUCCAACCGCUGCAAACAGUGUUGGUAGUGAAGUCGCAGUCGUGGUGACCGAUGCUGUCGAAAGCUGCUGCUGUUUGUUGGUGACGUUUGGAAGCUCUUCCGUGGCUGGCGGUUCGAUUUCCAAAACCUCUUCCACGUUCAGUUUCUCUGCUCGCCUCUCAACUUCACCCUCUGAGUCAACCUGCACAACCGACAGUUGCUCUUCUGCGGUGGUGGCAUUCCCGGUCGGCAGCUCCUCGGAGCUCCAACGACGGCCGAUGCGGCGAGCCCGGUCACGCAGCUCUGCCCACGACAGGUUCGAGAGCUUUGAAGAGCUCAUCGUCGAACCAGUUGUAGAACUCGUCCCCGGAUGA